AUGGCUGCUCGCAAAGGACGGUGGAAUUCUAAAGAUAAGAGUUACAUUGCUGAUCGCCGUGGUCUUAGAAAAAUUCCUGAUGAGCUAUUGAAACCACCAAUAUGUCACCAUGUGAGAGUGAUAGACCUGAAUUGGAAUAAAAUAAAAGAUUUACCUCCUAAUAUCGGGACUUUAUGGACAGAAUUGAGAGAACUGUGGUUGGGUUUCAACGAACUGAGAUAUAUUCCGGAGUCAGUAUGUGAUCUAAAAAAGUUAGAAGUACUGGAUGUGAGGUUCAACAAAUUAGAACGUCUUACUCCGUCACUGACCAGACUUACAAAUUUGAAGUCGUUUUACUGUAGCCAAAUUGAAGGAGUGUUAUUAGGACAUGUGUGGAUUGUGAACAACCCAUCGGAAUUCAGGAAACUAUGGGAUAGAUUGUUUACACAAAAAACAGUGAUUCGUGCCUAUAUUGCGAUGUGUGGACCUUAUUCAGCGGGGAAAUCUUCCACGAAAAACCACAUGGUUGGUGUGCCAUUUAAAAUAAAGUGUCGGAGUACCAAAGGUGGUGAUGUUUUGUCUUUGAAUUUAGAUGAUUGGACUAUCAUACAUAAAGCACGUAGCAAGAAAUCUAGAGGUGAUUUCUAUAAGAGUCCGGAUACUACCAGAAGCACAUCACGAACAAUUAAAAUUCAUGUAGAGAAUAAAGAGAGUCUGCAAGCAUCAAGCGAUGGACCAUCAGCUGAAAAGUUAAGACGUGUUGAAGAACGUAUAAGACAAGUAGAGGACACUGAAUCAAUUGACUGCGAUGCCACCAUCCUCGACUUUGCAGGACAACAUGUGUAUGAAAUUUCACAUCAGAUAUUUAUGGCUGAGAAAGGAUUGUACAUUCUUGUGGUUGAUUUAUCAAAAACCCUUGAUGACAUAUAUGAGCAUGAUAUGGGUAGUGAUAAUAGAGAGGAAAUUACUGUCAAAGAGUAUAUCUGUGGCUGGAUGAAUUCAAUACAUUCACAUACAGCUGAUGGGGACAAAGUAGUGGAAAACAUCAUUGUCGUUGGAACAAAAACAGAUUUAAUAACAGAGGAAUUAGUUAAGAGUCGUGUUAAUGAAUUAGCAAAGUUUUUGAGGACUGAAUUGAUGGAUCCUGCCAAACAUAUUGCAUGGCCCAUAAUUUAUCUCAGCAACAAACCUUCACCAGAUGGUAAACCAAGUGAUGGCAUGAAGUGUCUCAAAGCGAAAAUACGGGACAUUGUAUCUAAGAUGAUGUAUAAAGUGUCCUUUGAGUGGUUGCUGUUCGAGCUUAGACUCAAUCAGAGUCUGAUAUAUCAAAACAGUUCGAUAAUGGAGAUGACUGACGUAUACACAAUUGGUGAGGAGAUAUCACUAUGCAAAGAGGAGGUUGAUAAGGCCAUUGCAUUCUUUCACAGCACUCGUGACAUCAUACACUUUAAAGGUGAUUCAAAAGUCAGUAGUAAGGUGAUCGUAAGUCCACAAUGGUUUAUUGAUCUGUUACGACUUGUCAUCAAUCACACCUUCCCUCUUGCGGAAAAGCAUGAUCUCUCCCAGGAAAACCACAUUUUGUAUGACAAGUUGUGCACCCAUGGAAAGUUGGAUGUAGAAUGGGUGAGAUGGGUGCUGAAUAAAGAAGACCGUGCUGGAGAUGAAGAUAUCCUGAUCAAGCUAUUCCAGCUGUAUGAUAUCAUUUAUCCAUGUCCACCAGAGUCGGGGUCAGAGGUCACUGAGUACUACAUGGCAUGCCUUAUGAACCGCAAAGCUGAACCUGCUCUACUGUCUCCUUUGAAUAGUACAUCAAGCCCAACACUGUGCUACCACUUUGACCGCAGAUAUUUACCCAAUAGUUUGUACCACCAACUAGUCAUCAGAUGUACCAAGAAGUGGCAAUACGCUAAAUUAUUCCACAAACAUACCCGUUUUUUUAUUGGUAAUAAGCAUGUUCUCAUCAUGUCCAUGACAAAAUCUGACAUCACACUUACAGUGAAAACAGACCCCGCAGGGAGCAAAGCUGUGAAGUUAAAAUCAUCCUAUGGUCCAGAAGUAAGAGAAUAUGUCGAGAACAACCUGAAUGACCUGAUUAAGAGAUACAACCCUGGUCUGUCAUACACACCAUGCUUGAAGUGUUCAUGUGGUAAACAUGCAUUAAAGAUUACACCUGAUGGGAAGGAUAUGGAUGAUGGUUGUGUUGAUCGUAGUAAAGAUGGAUGCAUACAUACUCAUGAAAUCUAUGCGUAUGAUUGGUACUACUGGGAUUCAUCAUCCAAAGACCAUCCUGUCAUCAUCAAGUUAGAUGUGAAAUCUGACAAAACUUUAUCGGUUGAGUGGAAUCUAGGUAAAGAGACAAAAGGCUUUCUAGAGAUAUCUGAAGAUAAACGUGAAUGGAAAUAUGUGGACGUGAAUGAUACGACUGGUUCUUACACGUUUGAAAGAUUACAUUCCCAGACUACAUACUAUUGCAGAGUAAAAGUUGAAUGUGAUAUGUUAGAUAUUGGUAGCUAUACAGUGUCUGCAGAUACCAAAGUUGAUGGAAAGCAAAGUACAGCUGAAAGGAAGACGAAAUCAAGUAUACCUGAAAAGAAGAGGAAAGCAAGUACAGCAGAAAGAAAGAGGAAAGCAAGUAAAGCUGAACGCAAGAGGAAAGCAAGUACAGGUGAAAGGAAGCGGAAAGCAAGUACAGCUGAAAGGAAGCGGAAAGCAAGUACAGCUGAAAGAAAGACGAAAGCAAGUGUAUCUGAAAGGCAGAUGAAAGCCAGUACAGCUGAAAGGAAGAGGAAAGCCAGUACAACCAAAAGGGAGAGGAAAGCAAAUACAUCUGAAAGGAAGAGGAAAUCAAGUACAGCUGAAAAGAAUAAGAAAGCAAGCACAGCCAAAAGCAAGAGGAAAGCGAGUACAUCCGAAAGCAAGAGGAAACCAAGUAGAGCUAAAAGAAAGAGGAGAGUAAGUACAGCUGAACGGAAGAGGAAAGCAAGUACAGCUGAAGAAAUAUCAACCAAGCGUUCAAGGGGAAAUGGAGCUAUUACCUCAUCUAAGGAUAUAACAGUUACUAAUGAAAGGUUCAAUGACAUGCUUGUAACAUUUCAUAAAAAAAUAGGAAAAGAUGAAUUGACAUUAUUGCAGCAAUAUUGUCGUGAUGUUCAUAUACAAAAAGGGACAUUAGAGACAAAGAAAAAUGCAUAUGAAAUAUUUGUAUGUUUAAAAGAGCUUGGUAAAAUCACACUUGUUAACACCAAAUUGUUGGAAGAACUGUUAGUGAAAAUAGGUAGAACAGAUCUGGUGACAAAUGUGAAGAAGUAUCACUAUACAAGGAGACUAUAG